UCAACGAAUAUUUUCAGUAUUUAUCUAUUCUGAGUUGUGACACAGCACGCACUUUGUUUUGUUUGUAAUUUUUGUCUCCAUUCUGAUCUCUCUCCCUUUAAUAAUCUACAUUCCAAUACUUCGAACGCCUUUAACCAAACCUACACCAAACGAAACUUUGCCGCUUGAGUUGACACUGCGAGUAGUGAUGGAGAAUGGAUCAAAGAAAUGGGCAUUUAAAGGAAACAAGGCACUGGAAGUAGCGGAUGCCAUCAGCAUUCGAGGGGUUCUCAACGUGUUAAACGAUAAUCUAAAAGGAAACGAUAACACUAAGACUGCCAUACCUCUUGGCCACGGCGAUCCCUCCGUGUUUCCCUGUUUUCAAACCACUCCUAUAGCCGAGGAUGCCAUUGUUGAUGCUGUCCGAUCAGCCCAGUUCAACUGCUAUUCUCCCGCCAUUGGUAUUCUUCCAGCAAGAAGGGCCAUAGCUGAAUAUCUGUCUCAGGAUCUCCCAUACCAAUUAUCUCCUGAUGAUGUUUACCUCACGGCUGGUUGCAAUAACUCAAUCGAGAUCAUAAUUUCUGUCCUUGCUAGUCCUAGUGCAAAUAUUCUUCUUCCUAGGCCAGGGUACCCAAUGUAUGAAUCUCAUGCUGCUUUUAACAACCUCGAAGUACGACAUUUUGAUCUUAUACCAGAAAAAGGGUGGGAGGUUGAUCUUGAUGCUGUUGAAGCUCUUGCAGAUGAGAGCACUGUAGCCAUGGUCAUUGUUAACCCUGGCAAUCCUUGUGGAAGUGUCUUUACAUAUCAACACUUGAAAAAGAUUGCUGAAACAGCGAGAAAGCUUGGAAUAUUUGUCAUUGCUGAUGAGGUUUAUGACCAUCUAACUUUUGGGAGCAAUCCAUUUUUGCCUAUGGGGAAGUUUGGAUCUAUUGUGCCUGUUCUUACACUCGGGUCUAUAUCAAAGAGAUGGAUUGUCCCUGGUUGGCGUCUUGGUUGGAUAGUGACAUGUGAUCCAAAUGGCAUUCUUCAAAAAUCUGCUGGGAUUGCAGAAAGCAUUAGAAGAUAUUGCAACAUCUCUGCUGACCCUCCAACAUUCAUCCAGGGGGCAAUUCCUCAAAUACUUGAAAAAACGAAGGAUGAUUUCUUUGCAAAAAUCAUUAACCUCUGUAGCCAAGCUGCAGACAUAUGUUAUGAUAGACUUAAGGAGAUUCCCUGCAUAACUUGUCCAUACAAACCAGAGGGAUCAAUGUUUAUAAUGGUAAAACUAAAUUUGUCACUACUUGAAGACAUUGAUGAUGAUAUGGAUUUCUGUCUCAAGUUGGCUAGAGAGGAAUCUGUGGUUGUUUUACCAGGGGUUGCCGUUGGGCUGAAAAAUUGGCUGCGCAUAACAUUUGCUAUUGAACCAUCAGCUCUUGAAGAAGGUCUUCGAAGGAUUAAAACCUUCUACAACAGACACAUGAAAAAGCAAUAAAUGUGCUUAUCAUCCAGACCAUAAUAAUGACUGAUGGUGAUCAACAACUUUGCGUUGGAGAUCACUCUCUUUUUAUAUAUAGCCACUAAAAUAUGUGCUUUCUUCAUUUUCCCAAAGGAAAAUGUAGCUUUUAUUGCUCAAGAAUAAAAUCCUUGAUUUCUACUAGCAUUAAGUCAUAGAAACACAAGAUUGAACUUUGCUGAUAAAUAGCUCCUUGUCAGAUUCCUUUUUCUGUAUUAUUAUUCAUAUGCUUAUUCUCCCAUCAUCUUAUUUGAGGUUGUUCAUGCCUUACUUUUA